AUGACCCAAACGAUGGACGAGUUGUCCAAACUUCAGGAGUUAUCUCUCGUGUCGAAGAUAUGCACAGAACUCGAGAAUCACUUGGGAUUCAAUGACAAAGAUAUGGCGGAAUUCAUCAUAAAGUUGUCCGAAAAGAACAACACAUUCGAGACAUUCAAAGAAGUGUUGGACCAAAAUGGCGCCCAAUUUAACGAGUCUUUUGUGGCGAAUCUCUUGAGAAUCAUUCAACACAUGAGACCAAAGACUGGCAGUCAGUCGACGGACGCCGAGAAGGAAAACGCCUCCAAACCGGUCGACAAGAAUGACAUUCAGAUGAAGAAAAUCUUGUACCCAUUCCUCGCGAUUCCAAACGAUCCAAACGUCCGACUUAUGCUCGAAGGAGAGACCAAAUCAGAGGACAUUAAAGUGAAAGUCGAGCCGAAGCUCAGUGAAGACGAUAAGGUGGCCAUCGAUACGAUGGCUCUCUUGGAGUCGAUGGCGCCUAAGAGUGAGCCCCAGAAGAGCCCUAAAAGAGAAAAUGAUUGCAAAGAAAGUGUGAAAAGUGAGCGAAAAAGAAGUCGGAGUAGAGAUCGACAUAAGAGCUCAAGAAGUAGGAGAAGUCGUGAUAGAAGUGGUGAUAGAAGUCAUGAUAGAAGUCAUGAAAGGAGUAGAGACUGGAGUCGCGAUCGAAGUCGUGAUAAAAGGCGUCGAAGGAGUCGUUCGCGAAGUAAUGAAAGACAUCGCGAAAGGAGUCGAAGUAGAGAUCGAAAGGAUAGGCGAAGAAAAGAGGAGAAGGAGAGGGUAGCGGAAGAAUUGCCGUCAGAACCAGUUGUGGGCGAUAUAUACAGCGGGAAAGUGACUAAUAUUAUGCAAUUCGGAUGUUUCGUCCAAAUGGAUGGACUCCGCAAGAGAUGGGAGGGUUUGGUCCACAUCUCGCAGUUGAGACGCGAGGGAAGAGUUAAUAACGUGAGUGAAGUCAUCCAAAGAGGACAACGCGUUAGAGUGAAAGUCCUGUCAUUCACGGGACAAAAGACCAGUCUUUCGAUCAAAGACGUCGAUCAGGAGACGGGCGAAGACUUGAAUCCUUCGCGCGAUCGAAAGGAUCCGAACGACGACCUGAUGAGCGCCCGUAACCCCGACCGACCCCUUUCACUACCAUUGGCCGGAAUGCAGAAAAUGGAUGACGAAGACGUUGAGAGCCGAAGACGUAUUGUUCAGCGAAUAUCAUCGCCAGAGAAGUGGGAACUGAAGCAAAUGAUGUCCGCCAACGUGUUGGACAGGUCUCUACUGCCAGAGUUUGAUGAAGUGUCCGGUCUUUUGCCUAAAGAUGAAGACGACGACGACGAGGACAUAGAGAUCGAGUUAGUAGAGGACGACCCGGCCUUCCUGAAAGGUCACGGAAAGGCAAACCUCCAAGAGUUGAGUCCCGUGCGCAUUGUGAAGAACCCGGACGGCUCUCUGGCGCAGUCAGCUAUGAUGCAGUCGGCGCUCUCCAAAGAGAGACGUGAACUGAAGCAACAGCAGAGGGAGGCAGAGAUGGAAGGCGUUCCCUCUAAUCUGAACAAGAAUUGGAUCGAUCCGAUGCCNGACGGCUCUCUGGCGCAGUCAGCUAUGAUGCAGUCGGCGCUCUCCAAAGAGAGACGUGAACUGAAGCAACAGCAGAGGGAGGCAGAGAUGGAAGGCGUUCCCUCUAAUCUGAACAAGAAUUGGAUCGAUCCGAUGCCUGAAACAGAGACCCGACCACUGGCUGCCAACAUGAGAGGUGUUGGCGCCGCCACUCAAGACAUGCCGGAGUGGAAGAAACAUAUCUCCGGUGGCGCUAAGGCUUCGUACGGAAAGAAGACCCAAAUGACUCUCAUUGAACAGCGCAUGAGUUUACCCAUCUAUACGUUCAAAGACCAGUUGAUUAGAGCGGUGUUCGACAACCAGAUACUUAUUGUCAUCGGAGAGACUGGUUCUGGAAAGACCACUCAAAUCACUCAAUAUUUGGCUGAAUCCGGAUAUACAGCGCGCGGGAGGAUUGGAUGCACUCAACCCAGAAGAGUGGCCGCAAUGUCUGUCGCCAAACGUGUAGCCGAAGAGUACGGUUGCCGUUUAGGGCAAGAAAUCGGGUAUACCAUCCGAUUCGAAGACUGCACGAGUCCUUGA